AUGCGUGAACCCGGUCGACCUAGGAUCACGUAAGUGCCUGUGCCGUUAUUGCGGCGGGCCGUGGUAACUUAUGGUUUGUAACCGGACGCAGCCAACUGAAGCCCCCCGUUACUACCAGUCGGAUUUCGGAAUCAGGCAACCGAAAACCGGAUGAUCAUGAUCUGCUAGGACUAGGUAAGCUUUCCACGAGGUGCAGGUAAGUAAAUGAAGAUUUGCUCGGACCGGAAGUGACGACAACUCACCAGACCUAAGACGGUAGUGAGGGAAGGGCUGGUGCUCCAGCAAAGAAAGAGGAAAUUAUGCAUGGGGAGGGGAGUUUUAUAGUACCUUACUUUUUUCUGAUUGGUUGUUUUUUCUGUGCUGCUGUGGAGUUCUAGUAAAGAGAGACUUAAGCAAAUAUGAAGCCUCCUGUCAUGUUAUAAAAUUAAAGGGACGCUCCAGACAGUAACACUACUGUGUUUUAUGGCAUUGCAUUAGCUGUAUUUAUGCAUACAAAAUUGGAUUUUGUUUUUGCUAAAAAAAAGUCAGUGAACUUUUUAAUUUAUUUUAAUGGAAGUUGCAAAAUCUAAAAUUCUAAGAGGUAUGAAGUGUGUCCUCUUCAUAAUCCCUUUUGUGCAGAUAACACUACAGACUUGUACCACAGUACUACCAGUAGAGGGCAGCAUAAUACUUCAUCCAAUGCUACAUAUUCUGCAACUCUUCAACCAGCCACAUCCAUUAGCCAAGGUCAGUUGGCAUUAUGUUUUAUAAAUACCUUUAAGAAGAUUUAACACUUAAUCACCACUAUUUCUGAACUGGUUUCUAUGUCUUGCUCUAUUCUAUACAGAUACCAACCUGAGCAAAAAUAGUCACUCAGAUGGCAUGUGGGGAGAUAGCUAUGUGUACAGUAGUGUAUCUCCAGGUGUUCAUGCUACCAAAAAAGGUUGGUAGAAAAUUAAAGGGACACUCCAGACAGUAACACAACAGCAAUUUUAUGGCAUUUUAUUAACUAGAUAUUUACAUAAUUAAAUUUAAAUAGUUUAUGCAAGAAAAAAAAAGAUACUCUAUUUAAUGAACGCUGCAAAAUAUGAAUUUCUAAGAGGUAGGAAAUGCGUUUCCUUCAUAAUCCCUUUCGUGUAGACAAUACUACAGACUUAUACCACAGUACUACCAGUAGAGGGUAGCAUAAUACUUCAUCCAAUGCCACAUAUUUCCCAACACUGCAACCAGACACAAAUAACCACUAGAGUUGAGCGAACCCGAACUGAAAAGUUUGGGUUCGUAUCGAACAUUACGUGUUUUGGACCCCCGACCCGAACACGGACAUAUCACUGUAUGUUCAGGUUGGAGUUCGGUUGGAGGGCAGCCAAUCAACAAGCGUUUGACUCGUGUGCCCUUAGAAGCCAUCACAGCCAUGCCUACUAAUGGCAUGGCUGUGAUUGGCCAGUGCAGCAAGCGACCCAGCCUCUAUAGAAGCUGGUCACUUAGUAUUAGUAAAUUAUGCCCCUACUCGCUAUACCGACAGUAGGGGCAUGUCUAUUAAAGAGUGAGCAGCCUUUGGCUGCUCACUGUUAAAAAAACAAUAAAAAAAAUAUUCCCCCCCGAGCCCCCACCCGAGUGGGGGCUUUUAAACUAAAGGGGGUCCUAUUGCCCCCCCAUCCCCCACCCCUUGAGCGGUGGGUGGGGGCCCUAAAUACAAAUAAGGACCAACUGUUCUCCCCCCGGCCCCCACCCCCCGGCCCCCACCCCUGAGUGGUGGGUGGGGGUCCUAAAUAACAAUAAGGGGGGACCUACUGUACUCCCCCCGGCCCCCACCCCUGUGCGGCGGGUGGGGGCCCUAAAUAACAAUAAGGGGGGACCUAUUGUCCUCCCCCUAACCCCCAUCCCUGAGUGGUGGGUGGGGGUAAUAAAUAAAAAUUGGGGGGGGACCUAAUGUCCUCCCCCCGGCCUCAACCCCGGUGCCGCGUGUGUGGGCCCUAAAUAACAAUAAGAGGGGGACCUACUAUCCUCCCCCCUGACCCCCACCCCUGAGCAGUGGGUGGGGGCCAUAAAUAAAAAAUGGGGGGGACGUAAUGUCCUCCCCCCGGCCCCCACCCCUGAGCGGUGGUUGGGGGCCAUAAAUAAAAAUUGGGGGGACAGCUAAUGUCCGGCCCCCGGCCCCUACCCUUGCGCGGUGGGUGGGGGCUCUAAAUAACAAUAAUGGGGGGGGACCUAAGGUCCUCCCCCCUGUCCCCCACCCCUGAGCGGUGGGUGGGGGCCAUAAAUAACAAUAGGGGGGGACCUAAUGUCCUCCCCCACGGCCCCCACCACUGAGCAGUGGGUGGGGACCCUAAAUAAAAAUCCCCCCCCCAGGUGACUAGGGGUCCCCAAACCCCUAGUCACCCACCUCCCCCCCCAAAAAAUAACCCCUACCUACCCCCCUCACCCUAAAAAUAAUGAGGGGAGGGCAUUAACUAAGUACCUGUUAAAAAAGAUAAAAUAAAACUUACCAUUUGAUGUUUUCUUUCUUCUAAAAUCUUCUUUUUUCAGCCCCAAAAAAGGCCAAAUCAAAAUCCAUAAUAACCGACGAGUGCUUCUUCACCCAUGGAGGGCUCCGUGCAGACUGAGCUCUGCAGGGCGGGGGAAGGCUUAUAAAGCCUUCCCCCGCCCUGCAAUUAGGCUCAGAGCACUCUGAGUAGCAGGUUUAAGCCAUCCAAUCAGAGUGCUCUGACAGGUAAAGGAAGAGACUGACAGGUAAUUCUCUACAUUUACUUGUCACAGCACUCUGAUUGGUUGGCUUGAAAUCCACCAAUCAGAGUGCUCUGUGUCAUUUUACACAGCGUGGGAAAGUUCUUUGUAAUUUUCCCACGCUGUGUAAAAUGACACAGAGCACUCUGAUUGGUGGAUAAAGUAACCAAUCAGAGUGUUCUGUGUCAUUUUACACAGCGUAGGAAAGUUCUUUGGAACUUUCCCACGCUGUGUAAAAUGACACAGAGCACUCUGAUUGGCUGGAUUUCAAGCUAACCAGAGGCCUCUGUGUCAUUUUACACAGCGUGGGAAAAUUCAAAGAACUUUCCCACGCUGUGUAAAAUGACACAGAGCACUCUGAUUGGUGGAUUUCAAGCCAAGGGGGGGGUUAGGUAGGGGUUAGGUUUUUUAGGGAGGGGGGUGACUAGGGGUUUGGGGGCCCCUAGUCACCUGGAGGGGGAUUUUUAUUUAUGGCCCCCACCCACCGCUCAGGGGUGGGGGCCGGGGGGGAGGACCUUAGGUCCCCCCUCUUAUUUUUAUUUAGAGCCCCACCCACAGCGCAGGGGUGGGGGCAGGGGGGAGGACAGUAGGUCCCCCCAUUAUUGUUAUUUAGGGCCCCACCCGCCGUGCAGGGAUGGGGGCCGGGGGGGAGGACAGUAGGUGGAGGACCCCUUAUUGUUAUUUAGGGCCCCCACCCCUGUGCGACAGCACUGGCUGCUCACUGUUUACCAGACACGUCCCUACUCGCGGUAUAGCAAGUAGGGGCUGAAUUUAAUAAUACUAAGUAAUCUUUACUUAGUAUUAGUAAAUGUGGCUGAAAGACCAAUUUAGGUGACCAAUUUAGGUACCGUGGGAAUUAGGGAGUUAUCUACUAAGCUUAUGUUAUGCUAUUUUUAAGUGAUUUCCCUAUCCACAUUUGUUUGCAGGGCACUUGUCCUACUCUUACCCCCAUUUUACUUAACUUUGCAGCCCUCUAGCCCUUUCCAGGAGUUUUUUAGAGCCAUUUUUGUGGCCAAAAGUUCGGGUCCCCAUUGACUUCAAUGGGGUUGGGGUUGGGGUUCGGGGUCAAGUUCGAGCCCGAACCCGGACUUUUUUUCAAAGUUUGGCCGAACCUGCCGGACCCCAGCAUCCAGGUGUCCGUUCAACUCUAAUAAUCACCAGUCAAUGUUAGUUGGCAUUUUGUUUUAUGAGUAAUAGAGGUGGUUUGAGACAAAAUUUCCAUAUUAGAAAUAUUUUUAUGCAUGCAAUCUUUUUGUAAAAGAUGUGCUUGUCAUCAGUUUUUACAUUUAACAUUUCAGUUAGAUCUUAUUCUUUAAAAUAUGGAUAUUUGAGUCUGGUUAAUAAUAAUAAUGCAGUGUAUACCACCAUCUGCUUCAGGCUGUAUUCACUAGUUAGCGACCAAUAUGCAAAUGGUUUUUUUUUGUGCUGAUUUCAGCUUAGGAGAGGCUGAGCAAGAAUGCAUGACUGUUACAUUUCCCUCUUUUUAUAAUAUUGAAAAGCGCUGCUGAAUAAGUUGGUGCUAUAAAAAAUAAAUAAUAAUAUGUAUACAAUUAAAGAACUAUUAGGGCACUGUGAGUUGCUUUUUUUCCUUGUGUGUCCUCUUCAUAAUCCCUUUCGUGCAGAUAACACUACAGACUUGUACCACAGUACUACCAGUAGAGGGCAGCAUAACACUACAGACUUGUACCACAGUACUACCAGUAGAGGGCAGCAUAAUACUUCAUCCCAUGCCACAUAUUCUACAACAUUUCAACCAGCCACAUCCACUAGCCAAGGUCAGUUGAUAUUUUGUUUUUUGACUACUUUUAAGUAGAUUUAACACUUCAUCUUCACUAUUUUGUUAGCUAAUUUCUACUUCUUGCUCUAUUCUGUACAGAUACCACCCUGAGCAAAAAUAGCCACUCAGGUGUCAUGUGGGGAGAUAGCCACGUGUACAGUAGUGUAUCUCCAAGUGUUCAUACUACCAAAAAAGGUUGGUAG